AAUGUCAACGGUCAACCAUAUCUAAUUGUUUCUAUUAAUAAAAAAAAAAAAAAGGAAAAGAAAAAUCCAUUUGUAAUGCCUUGGAGAAUAAAAGCCCCACCCCAAUUCAAAAAGAAACCCCUUCAGUUUUCAGAGCCAAAACAGAAAUUGUGACUUGCAGAGGAAGAAGAACACGAAACCCUAGAUUACGAAUCGAGUCGACAGGGAGGAGUUCAGAUAUAGAGAGAAUCGUACCGGAAUAUUGGAGAUGAAGCUUGUUUGGUCCCCUGAUACGGCUUCCAAAGCCUACAUCGACACCGUCCAAUCUUGCGAUCUCCAUACAGAAUCCGGCGUUGCGGAAUUGAUUUCGGCGAUGGCGGCCGGACGGAACGCUCAAUUCAUCGUCGAGACGUGGUCGAGCGGCGGAGCGAUUGCAACGAGUAUUGGACUGGCGGUUGCUCGCCGGCACACCGGAGGGAGACACGUGUGUGUGGUGCCGGACGAGAGAUCGCGAGGAGAAUAUUGGAGAGCGAUGGAGAGAGCGGGAUUGGCGCCGGAAGUGAUCGUGAGAGAGCCGGAGGAGGUGAUGGGAGGACUGGUAGGGAUAGAUUUUCUGGUGGUGAAUAGUGAGAGGAGGAAUUUCAGUCGAGUUCUGAAAAUGGCGAAUCUGAGUUCCAGAGGAGCGGUUUUGAUAUGCAAGAACGCGAACUCGAGAAGCGAUUCGAGUUUCAGAUGGAGUAAUGUUACCAAUAACGGAACGCGGCGGCUGAUUCGAUCAGCGUUUUUGCCGGUGGGGCAGGGAUUGGAUAUUGCAUACGUGGCGGCGGAAGGAAGGAAUUCAGGUUCCGGCGAGGGGAAGGGGAAAUGGAUCAAGCAGGUUGAUCGACGAUCAGGGGAGGAGUUUGUGAUUCGGAAGUGAUUUCUGUUCCGUCAAGCAAAGCGCUGUCGUUUUAGUUUUAUACAGUUUUGUCCGUUUCUUAAUCGUACUUAUCAGAUUGAGUGACAAAUAUAUUGAUUUUUUGUCUCGUUUUUGAGAUGAACAGAUUGUUGUUUUAAAUUUUCUUACAAACAAGAUGAGACAAAGUGAGUAUGCGCAUUCAAUUUUUGGUUG